AUGGGAUUUCCCGAUUCAGAAAUCCUUCGACUUCGUAGUUCCUCAGAAAUGUUCGGUCGCAUUGGUGGUCAGGCACUUCGUUGCGCUGGACGUCCAGUCGCACGUCGGAGAAUAUGCGCUCGCAAGUUCUCGGCGCACGCCAGUAGCCCUACUGCCGCAUCUGCCCCUUCACCUUUGGCAGGCAUCACCGCGGAGCUAGAUCGCAUUGCUCCUCGGUUCGAGGUUCCAGCAUCUCAGAUUCACAUUAUUGAUACUCCAGCCAACUUUUAUUCUACGCUGAAGAAUAAAAUCCGCAAUGCCCGGCGGCGCGUUUACCUCUCCACCUUGUACAUCGGCAAGACAGAGCAUGACCUCGUCGAAACAUUGAGCCACGCCCUCCGCGACAACCCGGAUCUCAAGGUCUCGAUUCUGACGGACGCUCUGCGCGGUACACGAGAAACCCCUAAUCCGUCAUGUGCAUCACUCCUCUGUUCCUUGGUGGAAGAGUAUGGACCGGAACGAGUCGAGGUUCGGAUGUUUCAUACCCCCAACUUGACUGGCCUACGAAAGAAAUGGAUCCCUCGUCGGAUCAACGAAGGCUGGGGCUUGCAGCACAUGAAGCUGUAUGGAAUUGACGAUGAAAUCAUCCUUUCAGGCGCAAAUCUUUCUGAGGAAUACUUCACCAGCCGCUUGGACCGAUACCACGUCUUCAGCUCCAAGGCGCUUGCCGAUUAUUACUCAACCAUUCACCAUGCCAUUUGCAAUCUGAGCUUCCAGGUGCUCCCGGAUCCUCAAAACAAUUUCAGCUAUGUAUUGGACUGGCCGGUGGCCAAUGCGGCCCCAUCUCCUCUGGACAAUCCUCCGGACUUCAUCCAACAUUCGUCAAAAUAUCUGACCCCGAUCAUCCGGGCAACCGAAAACAAACCUGCAAUUGCGUCUGAGGAAAGUCGCACUUAUGUAUACCCCGUAUCGCAGUUCACCUCCCUUCUUCAACCACAUGAUACGUCCACCGAAUACCCUGCUGUUUCUACCGUUCUGCGCCUUCUGUCCAGCUCAUCCGCAUUUGCUGGUGCGCGCUGGCUAUUCACAGCAGGAUACUUCAAUAUCCACCCUAUUCUCUCCUCCCUCCUGAUCUCCAGCACGACCACCACAUCCAGCGCCCCCUCUCCGACACAGGGUACUGUUUUAACGGCAUCUCCGUGGGCCAAUGGAUUCUACGGCUCCUCUGGAAUUUCAGGAAUGCUUCCAGCCGCAUACACACACCUCUCCGCUCGCUUCCUCGAUCGUGUUGCAAAGGCCCACGCCUCCAACUUCAUUCAGCUGAAGGAAUGGCGCAAAGGAACUGUCGGCACGCCAGGCGGUUGGACAUACCAUGCAAAAGGCCUCUGGGUCACGCUACCAAAUGAGCAAUACCCAAGUCUCACUGUCGUCGGCAGCAGCAACUACACCAAGCGCAGCUACAGUCUUGAUCUCGAGGCUGGUGCUCUCGUGGUGACUACCGACCAAGAGCUCAAGCGUAAACUUGGCGAGGAGACGGAGCGUCUUCAGAAAGACGCUAGCCCUGUCUCGAGAGAUGACCUCAGACGGACUGAGCGUCGUGUGGGGUGGAAUGUGCGACUUUCCAUGUGGAUCGUGGAGAAGGUUGGCGGUGCAUUCUAA